GCCAAAGUUAGUAUCCACAUAGUAUAGUGUCCAUUAGCACUGGUCGAUUACAAUUCGCAUUGCUCGCGUGUACUUUUCGGUUGUCUGUAUUGUUUUUUCUUUCUUUUUUCUUCUCAAUUCGUAUUGUUAAAAAAACAGUGUUUGAUGUGAACUUAUUGGUCGCGAUUUAAAUAAUUUAAAAAAUACAUUUACACUAUCGGGUCGUCAUAUAACCCUACAAUAACUAUUAUAUAUUCAUAUAUAUAAUAAACACGUUGGGAUAAUGACCACAUCGGAAAAGCGUCGUGUUUCGAUCGUUGAUAAUCGACCGCAACCGAGUAGUGAAAACCAAGUAAUACCCGUCGUCCCCAAACCGUCGUCGGCAGUGGUCGUAAGAAGCGCUCAUAAGCAGUAUGGUCAAACGGUCGUAUUGAAAGACUUAAACUUGACAGUGCCCAUUGGAAAAAUAUAUGGGCUAUUGGGACCCAGUGGCUGCGGGAAAACCACUCUAUUGAGUUGUAUUGUUGGCCGUUUGCGUUUAGAUUCUGGUGAUAUAAAACUCAAAGGUAAACUCAUAUCUGACAUUGGAUACAUGCCUCAGGAGUUAGCAUUGCAUAAUGAAUUAUCUAUAAAGGAAACAUUUACAUACUACGGUUACAUAUUUAAUCUUUCGGAUGAUGCCAUAAAAAUAAGACGAGGAGAAUUGAAAACCCUCUUAAAAUUACCAUCAUGCAAGUUGAUCUUAAACGAGAUAAGUGGUGGUCAACAAAGAAGAGUGUCUUUAGCAGUAGCAAUGCUUCAUGAUCCAAAACUGUUGAUUUUGGAUGAACCCACUGUUGGCUUAGAUCCACUUAUUAGUCAGAGUAUUUGGGAUCUUUUAUUGGAUAUAACAGAAAAAGAAGGAAAAACUGUGAUUAUAACAACACAUUACAUAGAAGAGGCAAGGCAGUCACAAAUGAUCGGAUUAAUGAGAAAGGGUGUACUUCUUGCUGAAGAAACUCCUUCAGAACUAUUGAGAAUAUGUAAUUGUUCAACUCUGGAAGAUGCAUUUUUAAAAAUUUGCGAAGAUCAAAAGGCAAAAACUGAUAAAACAAUUACUGCUGCUCCUCUUCCAGUAAAACAACCCACGAGAAGAUUUUCUUAUGCUCGAGAUUUACCUCCGCCGCCGCUUUUAAAUAAUAAAUUAUUUACAUUCGGCCGAUUCAAAGCUCAAGUCUAUAAAAACAUCAACCUAUUGAGAAGAAAUAUACCGUUUACUCUAUUUGUGACAUUUUUACCGCUAAUUCAGACGGGAUUAUUCAACAUCGCCUGCGGCCAUGACCCAAAACAUUUGGCACUUGGUGUAUUUAAUGAAGAUUUUAAUACUUCAGUCACGUGUUCGAUGAACCGAACGAACGAUUGUUUUUUGGAUGGUGGUGUGCCGGUUGGUUGUUUGGUAUUGGAAAGAUUAAAAGAAAAAACUUUUGACUUGGUUGAAUUUUCCAAUGUAUAUGAUGGAGAAUAUGCUGUAAAAAAAAGUAAAGUGUGGGGAUUUAUUCAUUUUUCAAAGAACUUUAGUGAUAAUUUAGCAAUACGUUUUAACAAUGAAAAUAGUGAUAUCAGUGAUCAAUCAAAUUCAUCUCAAAUAAGCGAUGAGACGUAUAAUUUUGGGUCAAUCCACGCAUCAAUUGACAAUACAAAUAAAUAUCUGUCAGACAUGAUAAAAAGAGACAUUCUAGACAGUUACAUGGACGUGGUAACUUCUCUUUUUAACAAAUGCAAAAAAUCAGAAAAAUUGGGCAAAAUUCCACUGCGAUUGCUUGAUCCCGUUUAUGGAAACAAAAAUCCUAGUUUUAUACACUACGCAACGCCAGCAAUAAUAUCACUAUGUGCUUUUUAUCUCCCUGCAAUUUACACAGGAGCUACGAUUCUUUCGGAAAAAGAAGGAGGAGUUAUAGAAAGAGUAGUGCUGUCAGGAAUGAAUUUUAUUGAAAUCGCUUUGGCACAAGUGUUGGUCCAAACCAUAUUUAUCGUCAAUCAAACUACUCUGGUGAUGACCGUCAUGUUUGCGGUUUUCGAUAAUCCAUUCGUCGGUGAUAUAUUUCCGUCGUUUUUCCUCUUGACACUGAUCGGAUGCGGUGGAAUGUGUUUCGGAUUAUUCUCGGCCAUAAUUUGCAAAACGACAACGGAAGCAGCGUUUUUGGGUAUAGGAACGAAUUUUCUUUUAAAGUUCUUGUGCGGACUUAUGUGGCCCACUGAGGGUAUGUAUUACUGGUUGCGUAAGGUCAGUGACUACUUACCGCUGACAAAAUCCACAGAAAGUCUACGCUCGCUGACCGCCAAAGGCCUUGGUUUCCAACACCCGACUGUCUAUUUGGGAUUUUUGUCCAUAUUCUCUUGGAUACUAGUCUUUUCAUUGGUAUCGUUCGUAAUGUUAAAACUUAAACGUGAUGUCUGGACAAAAAGUUAAGCUGUCCUUAUUGUUUAUUACAUGUUUGUUUAUAUAUUACUUUUAUUUUAUUAAUUUUUACUAUCAAUUUGUAAUAUUAUUUUCGCUAAUGCGGAAGAGCAUACCACCACAUUCAUUGUAUACCCGUACAUAAUAUCAUAAAUAUAUAAUGUAUAAGUAUACAUGAAUAAUAUUUAAAAUUCGUGGA